ACAAACAAACAAACACAAUAUCUAUGCUCCAACAGCCUCCUCCCUCGUUCUCCAUUCGAGGCGCUACGAGCCCGAGAAAGCUUUGGAUGGCCUCGAGAAGAAGCUUCGAGAUCCUUCUCCCCUUCCUAACCAUCCUCACUCUCGCCUCCUCCUCCUCCUCCUCCUCCUCUUCCUCGCCCUUUCCCUUCUCUCCCCGCCAUGGCUCCUCGGUUAGUUCUCGGCGAUUCUGGAUCGAGGAUGACAUGUUUUGGAAGGAUGAUCGCCCGUUUCGGAUUAUCGGUGGUGAUGUGCAUUAUUUUCGAAUCGUUCCUGAGUACUGGAGAGACCGACUCUUACGAGCUAAGGCACUGGGCUUGAACACGAUCCAAACGUAUGUUCCUUGGAAUUUACAUGAACCACAGCCACAGAGAUGGAACUUCGAGGGUAUUGCCGAUCUUGAGUCAUUUCUGGAGCUUGCACAGGAGUUAGGUUUUCUUGUCAUGCUCCGUGCUGGUCCAUACAUAUGUGCAGAAUGGGACUUGGGAGGUUUUCCUGCUUGGUUACUUGCCAUACAACCUCCUCUGAAUCUACGAUCAUCAGAUUCCACCUUCCUUUCAUUUGUAGAUAGGUGGUGGGGAACUUUACUUCCUAAAGUAGCACCCUUGCUAUAUGCUAAUGGAGGUCCCGUAAUUAUGGUGCAGGUUGAAAAUGAAUUUGGCUCAUUUGGAGAUGACAGGAAUUAUCUUCAUCACCUGGUGGACUUAGCGAGAAGGCACCUUGGGACCGACACUAUUUUGUAUACUACUGACGGGGGAUCUAAAGAUACACUAGAAAAGGGAACUAUUCCUGAGAAGGACAUUUUUGCAGCUGUGGAUUUUACAACGGGUGACGAUCCAUGGCCCAUCUUUAAGUUACAGAAGAAGUAUAACUUGCCUGGGAAAUCACCUCCGCUAUCAGCAGAAUUUUAUACCGGAUGGCUUACUCACUGGGGGGAAAAUAUUGCAACAACUGAUGCCAACUUUACAGCCAAAGCUCUUCAAAGAAUUUUGUCUCUGAAUGGUUCUGCUGUACUAUAUAUGGCUCAUGGGGGGACCAAUUUUGGAUUUUUCAGUGGUGCAAAUACUGGCCAAAAUGAAUCUGAUUACAAGCCUGACCUUACUUCUUAUGAUUAUGAUGCACCGAUUAAGGAAUAUGGUGACGUGGAUAAUCCAAAAUUUAAAGCACUGAGCAGAGUAAUUCAUAAAUAUACUAGGAGAUCUGUUCGCCAAUUUCCUUUGCUUAUCGAAAGAGCAAGCUAUGGGCCUUUGAAAGUCCGCAAGAUUGUCUCUUUGUUUGAGGUUCUUUAUGCCGUAUGUGAUCCAAUGAAGGUCCUUGAAACUGAACAGCCUGUCGCAAUGGAGUUAGCGGGCCAGAUGUCGGGCUUUUUAUUAUACGUCUCAGAGUACUCAGGAAAGAAAGCCAAUAGCGUUCUUUCGAUCCCAAAGGUACAUGACAGAGCUCAAGUGUUUGUUGCUUGCUCGCUUGAUGGUAUAAAGAAUCCAACAUAUGUUGGCGUCAUUGAGAGAUGGUCGAAUAAAAAACUAGCAAUCCCUAACUUAAAGUGUUCAUGUAAUACCAGCUUGUUUAUUAUGGUGGAAAACAUGGGUCGUAUUAAUUAUGGACCAUAUAUCUAUGACAGGAAGGGAAUACUGUCUGCCGUUACAGUAGAUGGCUCCAUCCUCCAAAGGUGGAAGCACUAUCCAAUUACAUUUGAUGGAUUGGGCAACCUUUCAAGGCUCAGUGUAAUUAAGCUACUUCCAGGAGCUAUAGCUAAUAAACUUUCAAUUUCAGCCAGUUUAAAUAAUCACCUCAAGAAAGCAUUUUCUUCAGAGAGCAUGUCAGAAGAACCAGCAUUUUAUGAAGCUCAUUUCACUCUUGAUCCAGAAAAUGAAAUUAAGGAUACAUUCAUAUCAUUCCGUGGUUGGAACAAAGGGAUUGCUUUUGUGAACAACUUCAACAUUGGACGAUUCUGGCCGUUAGCAGGACCGCAGUGCACCCUUUAUGUCCCUGCACCUAUUCUUCAGCAUGGCCGGAAUGUCAUUGUCAUACUUGAGUUGCAUUCGCCCAAUCCUGAGCUCACAAUUGACUUGGUGGAGGAUCCAGACUUCUCUUGUGGAUUGAAGCGGCCUUCGAAAUUGUAAUUACAGUUUCCUCUGGAGAAAAAUCAUUGUUGAAAGGUGUGCUUCACAUUUGAAAGGUAUGCUUCGCAAGAUCAAGCCUUCAAAAUUAUUAAAUUUGGCAUAUUAGCCAUUGCCAACAAUGAAGUCAAAUAACGGAAAUUUGUAUGUAUGUAUGUGAUAAUUCAUUCAUGUGAACCAAUGCAGUGAACUUUCUAUUUGCCCCUAAAGUAAUUCGGUGUUGAAA